AUGGCGGUAGCGACGGACCCAACACGGCCGAUGGCCACGCUCACGCGCUCAAGCCAAGCCUCAACAUCCGCCUCGACGCUCGAGAGCUUCCUCGAUUCAGCGUCUGCGCUCGUCUCGCUUGCCGGCCAAACCACCACACCAUGCGACAGGCCGCCAAUAUUGCGCAUGCGCUCCACUGGCCGUCCCUCCGCCGCGACCGACUCUUUGACACCAACAGACCUCGCGCGGGCUAAAGCGUACGAGCAGGUGCACUCUCCAUCCUCCAACGACACCUCCAACACCACCUCCUCAACGGACCACUCGCACGGAACCUCGCACGCCUUCCUAAUCACCUACUUCGUCGCGGGCGGUGCAGCAGGUGCAACAUCCCGCACCGUCGUCUCCCCCCUCGAACGCCUGAAGAUCAUCAUGCAGGUCCAACCGCAAUCUUCGGCCAACAAACGCAAUCGCGCCUACAACGGCGUCUGGACGGGCCUGGUCAAGAUGUGGCAAGAAGAGGGCUUUGCCGGUUUCAUGCGAGGCAACGGCAUCAACUGUUUGCGUAUCGCCCCCUACUCCGCUGUGCAGUUCACCACGUACGAGAUGUGCAAGACGUGGUUGCGACCGGAGCAUGGCGAAUUGGACGUGGUUAGGCGGCUCACGGCGGGGGCUGUGGCUGGUAUUGCCAGCGUGGUGAGUACCUAUCCGUUGGAUUUGGUCAGGAGUAGGAUCAGCAUUGCUAGUGCCAACAUGUACAAUGAGGCCAAGAGCGAGGUUGGUGCAACGACGAAGAAGGUUUCGGCAGAACUGCUGAGAGAGCAGAUUGCAGCACGACAAAAAGCGGUACCGGGUAUUUGGAGCAUGACCAAACAGGUGUAUCGCGAAGAAGGCGGUGUGAGGGGUCUAUACCGUGGUUGUGUUCCAACCAGCGUCGGCGUGGCCCCCUACGUCGCACUCAAUUUCUACUUCUACGAGGCGGCGAGGAAACGCAUCACUCCGGCAGACGGCGAACCUUCCGCUCUGAUGAAGCUCGCCUGUGGCGCCCUAGCAGGCUCCAUCUCCCAAACCCUCACAUACCCCCUCGACGUGUUGCGACGACGAAUGCAGGUCGCAGGCAUGAAGGAUAGCCAGGAAAAGUUGGGCUACAAGGACAAAAACGCGCUCAACGCGAUCCAGAACAUUGUCAAGGCCGAAGGCGUUACGGGGCUAUACAGGGGAUUGUUGCCGAAUUUGUUGAAGGUCGCACCGAGUAUCGGGACCAGCUUUUUGACCUACGAGGCGGUCAAGGGGUUCUUGGAGGUGCACAUGGAUGAUUUGCAUCUUACGAGUGGGGAGGAGACGAACAAGCAUUGA